AAGUAGUUUUCGCAAAAAGGAAAAAAACCACUUCUAGCGCUCAUCUCCACGUGUACAAAUUUUUGAAAGCAUUUUUGAAGUGUAGAACUGAAACCGCUUUUGCUCUCCAAACUCCAAACCUCCGCUCUGAAUACAAACAACAAAGAAGAAAGAAGAAGAAGUCAGAAAUGGCCAAAGCCGGAGAAGAAGAAGAGAAGACUUGGGAGGAAGUUCUGAGAAGAAUGUUACCGGAAGGCGCGCCAUUACCAGACGAAGAGCAACUCGAUUUCUCCAUCGCCGUCGAAUACGAAGGUCCUCCUCUUCCUUUUAACAAUAUUCCUAGAGUUGACCCUGUUAAUCUUAAUCCUCUUUCGCUUCCCAAGAUUACUCGAAAACUUUCUAGAUUUAAUAGACCUUCGCUUACUGAUCUCAAUCUCAAAGUCAAAUUUCCUAAUGAUGAUGAUGGAUUGCAAUCGCGUGAUUGUACAAACGGCGACAUUUCGAUUAAUGAUUUUUCUUCGCCGCUUUCUGGCGGUGGUGAUGAUUGUGAGGAUGUGAAAGAAGAGGAGGUGAAUGAGUCAAAGGAGAGUAAGGUUGUUUGGAAGAAGAAGAGGGGAGGGGUUUGUAAUAGGUGUUCGAAACGCAGUCGUUUGAAGGAGAGAGAGGCCUGUUUGGUUUGUGAUGCGAAGUAUUGUAAUAAUUGCUUGAUUAAAGCAAUGGGAUCGAUGCCAGAAGGGAGGAAAUGUGUUAAUUGUAUUGGGAAGGCUAUAGAUGAAUCGAAGAGAUCGAUUUUGGGAAAGCCUUCGAGGAUUUUGUCGAAAGUUUGUAGUCCUUUGGAGGUUAAGCAGAUAAUGAAGGCGGAGAAGGAAUGUGCUUCGAAUCAGCUUAGACCUGAGCAGUUGCUUGUAAAUGGUCGGCAGUUGAACCAAGAUGAAUUAGCUGAACUUUUGGGUUGUCCUAAUCCUCCUCAGAAGUUGAAGCCGGGCAAGUAUUGGUAUGAUAAAGAUUCUGGCCUUUGGGGAAAGGAGGGAGAGAAGCCUGAUAAGAUAAUCACUUCAAAGUUGAAUGUUGGGGGUAAGCUUCAGCAGGACGCUAGCAAUGGAAACACCAAGGUUUACAUAAAUGGUCGAGAAAUCAACAGGACUGAGCUCAAAGUUUUAAGGCUGGCUGGCGUACAGUGUCCUUGUGAUACUCACUUUUGGGUGUAUGAUGAUGGAUCUUAUGAGGAAGAAGGUCAAAAUAACAUUAAGGGGAACAUAUGGGGAAAGGCAUCUACUCGUUUCAUUUCCUCAUUAUUUUCAUUGCCUGUACCACCUGGAAAUACUCAGGGGCAAAUCGACGAUCCAAGUACUUUCUCAGGUAGGUCGGUACCUGAGUAUUUUGAGCAGGGAAGCAUCCAGAAACUUUUGUUAUUUGGAUUGGAAGGAUCUGGAACUAGCACUAUUUUCAAGCAGGCUAAAUUCUUAUAUGGCAACCAGUUCACUCCAGAAGAGCGACAGGAUAUCAAGCUUAUGAUUCAAAGUAAUAUGUUCAAGUAUCUUAGCAUAUUACUUGAGGGGCGAGAGAGGUUUGAAGAGGAAGCUUUAUUAGAAAUACAAAUUACUUUGGAUGCUGAAGCGUCCGUCCCAGGUGAAACAGGUGUCGAGGAAAAUAAGCAAUGUAUCUACUCAGUAAACCAAAGAAUCAAGCACUUUUCUGACUGGUUGCUGGAUAUCAUGGCUACUGGUGAUUUUGAUGCAUUCUUUCCUGCUGCAACACGUGAGUAUGCACCUGUUGUAGAUGAGAUUUGGAAGGAUCCCGCCCUCCAGGAAACAUACAAGAGAAGGGAGGAGUUGCAACAUCUUCCUGAUGUGGCCAAAUAUUUCUUAGAUCAGGCUGUUGAAAUAUCUAGUAAUGAAUAUGAACCAUCAGAGGAGGACAUUUUAUAUGCUGAAGGAGUCACUCAAGGGAAUGGUCUCGCCUUCAUGGAAUUUUCAUUUGAUGAUAGAAGCCCCAUGUCAGAGUUAUACCAUGAGAAUUUAGAAUCAUCUCCCUUGACGAAGUACCAACUUAUCCGCAUAAAUUCCAAGGGACUACAUGAUAGUUGUAAAUGGCUGGACAUGUUUGAAGAUGUGAGUGGUGUGAUAUUCUGCAUUGCUUUGAGCGAUUACGACCAGAUGUCGACGCAUGGCACGGAUACCCUUCACAACAAAAUGCUGGCUAGCAGAGACAUGUUUGAGAGUCUUGUUAGACAUCCUUGUUUUAUAGACACCCCAUUCGUGCUUUUGCUGAACAAAUACGACGCCUUCGAAGACAAGAUUAACCAGGUUCCAUUGUCUACUUGUGAGUGGUUCAAGGAAUUUAGCCCUGUGAAGCCCCACAACAAUAAUCAAGCCCUAGCACACCACGCAUACUACUUUGUAGCCAUGAAAUUCAAGCAGCUAUAUUAUUCGAUAACUCACCGCAAAUUGUUUGUUUGGCCGACCCGGUCGCACGAGCGUGCCACAGUCGACCAGGCAUUCAAGUACACACGGGAGGUCCUUGAGUGGGAGGAAGAGAAGAAUGACAAUAUGUAUGGAAUAGUUGGGGAGGAAUCCCUUUACAGCUUGGAGUUGAGUACAUCUCCUUACAUAAGGCAAGAAUGAAUUCAUUUCUGAUUCUAUGUUCAUCUCUGUAUAUAAAAGGCGAGCUAAGCUGACAAUCUUAACAAAGAGGAGACAGCUUUUUGGCUUUUUGUCAUCCUCCGACGAUUAACGAGAGCGACAGAAGAGGAACGAAAAUCAUUUUGGCAGCUUGAAGAUCAAUCAGUCCUGGUUCUCAGCUGUAUAGAGUAUAAAGCCAGCACUUUGAGUCACUUUUUUAUCUUUUAUUUUUUUUAUUUAGUUAGUUUUCAUUUUAUUACAAUUAUUUUGUAAAUUUUACAGUUCUCAGCACGAAAUUAAAUUUGACUCCAUAUUUAAUUAAA